GGUCAUCCGCAGCGUCAUGAACAGCGUCAAGUUCGAAGAGAAUCUGGACCUGCAGACGCGCUCGGCGCGCUCGGUGGCCAAGCUGAUCGAGUUCAGCGUGUCGCCGGCGGCCAAGUCGAAUCCGAGCGACAAGAUCGUCAAGAACCUGUGCGCGUUUGUGUGCCAGGACACGACGCGCGUGGCCAUCUUUGCGGACAGCAAGGGCCUGCGCGAGGGCAUCCUCAGCAUGAACGAGCCCAUCGUGGCGCCGCGCGGUCCCGGGCGUACAAGUGCCAAGGACGAGGCCGCAGAGUCGGAGGAGGUGUUGCAGGGCAAGCUCAUCCGCCGUGGAGCUGCAGCAGCGCUGGCGCAGCUCGCCGACCUGUUUGGCGAGCGUCUGUUCGAGGUGGUGCCGAUGCUGUGGCACUGCAUGAGCAAUGCGCUGCUGCAGACGUUUGGCUCGACGGCGGCUCAGGCCGACGCGCUCAUCGCCAAACAGGAGGAUCUCGGACAGAGCAUCCUCGAUGCGUGCGCGGUGCUCGAUGUCAACCUGCCCAACCUCGGCGGCACGCUGUGCGACAAGGUGGUCGAGCUGCUCCCUGCGCUGACGCUCGCCAUCCAGAGCGAGUAUGCCGUGGUGCGCUCGGCGGCGGCCAAGUGCUUUGCGGUGAUGGCAAGCUGUCUGACCGAGGUGGCGCUCAAGCAUGUGGUGGAGCAGGUGGUGCCCCUGGUGGGCGAUGCGGCCUCGAUCACCAACCGCCAGGGUGCGGUCGAGCUCAUCUAUCACACGGUGCAGCAGCUGGACCUCAAGAUCCUGCCGUACGUCAUCUUCCUGAUCGUGCCCAUCCUCGGCCGCAUGAGCGACAACGACGAAAAGGUGCGGCUGGUGGCGACCAACACGUUUGCCUCGCUCGUCAAGAUGGUGCCGCUCGAGGCCGGCUUGCCGGACCCGCCUGGCUUUUCGGCCGAGCUGCUGCAGCGACGCGAGGAGGAGCGCAAGUUCCUCAUGCAGCUGCUGGACGGAUCCAAGGUGGAGCCGUACACGAUCCCGGUGCGCAUCAAUGCGAAGCUGCGCAAGUACCAGCAGGACGGCGUCAACUGGAUGGCGUUCCUGGCCAAGUACCAGCUGCACGGCAUCCUCUGCGACGACAUGGGCCUCGGCAAGACGCUGCAGUCGAUCUGCAUCCUGUCGUCCAAGCACCACGAGCGGGCGGAGCGGUACCGUCUCACGCAGGCGGCGGAUGCCAAGCCGCUGCCGAGUCUCAUCAUCUGUCCGCCGACGCUGACGGGCCACUGGUGCCACGAGAUCAAGCAGUACGCCAACAACCUGCGGCCCCUGCUGUACUCGGGUCUGCCCGCCGAGCGCGCACGGCUGCAGGCCGAAAUCCCGCGGUACGACGCGGUGGUCAUGUCGUACGACGUGGUGCGCAACGACAUUGCGGCGCUGUCGCAGAUCGCGUGGAACUACUGCAUCCUCGACGAGGGCCACGUGAUCCGCUCGGCCAAGACCAAGACGACCAAGGCGGUCAAGCUGAUCCGCGCCAACCACCGACUGCUGCUAUCCGGCACGCCGAUCCAGAACAACGUGCUGGAGCUGUGGUCGCUGUUCGACUUUCUCAUGCCCGGGUUUCUCGGCACGGAACGCAGCUUCCACGAGCGGUUUGGCAAGCCGAUCAUCGCGUCGCGCGACGGCAAGCUGAGUGCCAAGGAGCAGGAGGCGGCAGCACUGGCGCUCGAGGCGCUGCAUAAGCAGGUGCUGCCGUUCCUGCUGCGGCGGCUCAAGGAGGAUGUGCUGGACGAUCUGCCGCCCAAGAUCAUCCAGGACAUCGAGUGUGAUCUGGGCGAGAUCCAGAAGCAGCUCUACGACGAUUUCAGCAAGGAGCAGAACGAGGACGAGGCCGAGGCGUUUGCGGGCGCCACGGCGACGUCUGGAGGCAAGGAGCCGGCGUCGGAGAAGCAGCACGUGUUCAAGGCGCUGCAGUACAUGCGCAAGCUGGUCAACCAUCCGUCGCUGGUGCUGUCGGACGACAAUGCCAAGCACGUGGCGAUCAAGCAGAAGCUGCAGCGGAGCGGUGGUUCGCUGAGCGACAUUGUGCAUUCGCCCAAGCUGCAGGCGCUGCGGCAGCUGCUGCUCGACUGCGGUAUCGGCGGGUCGGGCGGUUCGUCGGGCGGUGGCAGCGGCGCGAGUGCGGGUGGAGGAGUCGAUCUGGGUGGUGGCGAGGUGGGUGGAGGCGAGAGUGCGGUUUCGCAACACCGCGUGCUGAUCUUCUGCCAGCUCAAGCAGAUGAUCGACAUCAUCCAGCGCGAUCUCUUCGCAGCGUUGAUGCCGAGCGUUUCGUACAUGCGGUUGGACGGUUCGGUGUCGGCGGAGAAACGUCAUUCGAUCGUGCAGACGUUCAAUGCGGAUCCGUCGAUCGACGUGCUGCUCCUCACGACGCAGGUAGGUGGACUCGGACUGACGCUCACGGGUGCGGAUACGGUGAUCUUUGUCGAGCACGACUGGAACCCGAUGAAAGAUCUGCAGGCCAUGGACCGCGCGCACCGCCUCGGGCAGAAGAAGGUGGUCAACGUCUACCGCCUCAUCACCAAGAACACGCUCGAGGCCAAGAUCAUGGGUCUGCAGCGCUUCAAGCUCAAUGUGGCGAAUAGCGUGGUGAACCAGCAGAACAAGGGUAUGGACAGCAUGGAUACCGACCAGAUCCUCGACCUCUUCAACGCACAAGGCGGCGGUGGAUGCAAGGAGGACAAGGAGGAGGCCAAGAAGAAGGGCUUCGCAAGGUUGACCCAGAAGCAGAUUUUGGAGGGUGCCCAGCGCGGGCCGGAGAACGAGGAGAGCGAGUACAAGCAGAUGAGCACCUGGAUGCCCGACGAGUAG